AUGGCUCUCUUGAACAGUAGGUUCCCUGCAGGCCUUCGGAUUGCAAGCAGACGCUACCCUACGCUGAAAGCUGGACCGGCAAGGAUUGGCUGCGAGCAUUUCAGACGCUUCUCCAACUCGCCGCAAUGGCAGAUCAGGACUAAGGAGAUGAAUGAUGAAAUGAUCAGGGAUCUCAAAGUUAAUCAAAAGCGGUUGAUGGAUGAUAUUCACCACACAUGUCAAUGGGGCAUAGGGGAGCGAUGGGGAGAGAAGCCAACAGAGACAGGAAUGAGCCGUCUGGCCCUCUCUGACACUGACAAAGCUGCACGUGACUGGUUUGCCGAGACAACAAAAGCCCUAGGAUGUGAAGUCACUGUGGAUGCCAUGGGAAAUCAAUUCGCUGUUCGGCCAGGUCUUAGGAAUGAUAAGCCGCCAACAUUUGUCGGAAGCCACCUUGACACCCAGCCAACUGGUGGAAGAUAUGAUGGCAUUCUAGGUGUUACAGCAGGUGUUGAGAUGCUUAGAGUUCUCGCUGACAAUUGGACGGAGACCGAGUAUCCUGUCGGUGUGGUAAACUGGACCAAUGAAGAAGGCGCCCGGUUUCCCAUGUCCAUGGUCGCGAGUGGAGUAUGGGCAGGUUCUAUACCUCUCGAAACGGCACAUAAUCUUCGUGAAGUCCAUCCCGGAACUGCAACGAUGAAGUCUGAACUUGAGCGUAUUGGCUAUCUGGGCAGCACACCAGCAAGUUACGAGGCUAUGCCCAUGGCGGCACACUUCGAACUUCAUAUCGAGCAAGGCCCGUUGCUGGAAAUGGCCAACAAGAAGGUCGGCGUCGUCACCGGAGUCCAGGCGUAUAAAUGGCUCACCGUAAAAGUGAAAGGAAGAGACACUCAUACUGGCACAACCGAUCUCAAAUCACGAGCGGACGCCUUAUUGACUGCAAGCAAGAUGAUUAUACACUCGCACCGUCUUGCAACCGCGAAUUACGCGCUAGCAUCAACAGGCAUACUGAACUUGAAGCCUGGCUCCACGAACACAGUACCGGGCGAAGUGAUUUUCAGUCUGGAUAUUCGAUCACCCAAGGACGAAACAGUCGCGAAGAUGAAAGAGCUGGUCCUCCGUGAUUUCGCCAAGAUAGCUGCCGGAGAAGACGUCGAUGGCUCAAACUAUGGUUGCACAAGCGCUCUUCCACUUACAGUCGACAUUACCGAAGACUUCGACAGCCCAGCCACAAACUUCCACGCCGAUUGCAUCGCAUCUGUCCGGCAGUCUGCGAACAAGAUUCUCGGCCCCAACCAGUACAUGGAGAUGACAUCUGGGGCUGGCCAUGAUAGUGUUUAUGCCAGCAAGCGCUGCCCGACAAGCAUGGUUUUCGUACCUUGCAGAGAAGGCGUAAGUCAUAACCCACGCGAGUUUUGCAAAGAGGAAGACUGUGCACUAGGCGCACAAGUCUUGCUACAAAGCGUAGUCAGGUUCGACAGAAUGAGGGACGAGAGGCGAGUCAGUUGGAAGCAAGAGCCAUACACCCUGUGAUAUUCAGAUUGGUUAAGUGUAGGACUUGGAAAGAUAUGGGCAGGUAUGACAAAUCCAAAAUGUCAUACCGAAUUACGCCGCCUGACAUAACAUCAUGAUACAUAAAAAUAUACAAUAGUACACAAGGCCAACAGGCCAAGGGACCUGUUCAA